AUGGCUGCUAACAACACACGGCCCGGCCAUGAGAAGUGGCGGCGCGUGGUUGGUCUGCUGCUGCUGUUCACCACCGUUGUAUUAUGGACCGCUUCUAACUUUAUGGCCUCCACGCUGUUCGCCGACAACACCUACUCAAAGCCCUAUCUCGUCACUUACGUUAACACCGCCUGCUUUCUCAUUCCGCUAUUUCCCAUCGUCGUGCGCCGCCUAUACCUAAGCGGCUCCCUUAAGACGCCGAGAUACGCCCCUCUUUCCCAGGAACACGACGAUGGUACGAACACACAAGAGCACCUAGAUGACGCUACUUCACAAAAGGCUGCACCUACCAAGGAUGCUCAUGGCAUAAUCCCUCUCUCCCUUGGAGACACGGCUCGUCUGAGUCUGGAGUUCUGCAUGCUCUGGUUCCUGGCCAACUACUUUGUUGCUGCUUGUCUGGAACAUACUACCGUCGCCUCGUCUACUAUCCUCACGUCGACGAGCAGCAUCUUCACCCUACUCCUAGGAUGCGCCGUCGGCGUUGAGAUCUUCACCCUGCGCAAGCUGUUCGGAGUCCUAGCGUCCUUGCUCGGUGUCGUUCUGAUCUCCUCAGUCGACCUCUUUGGUGACAAUGACGAUGGCCGUGGCUUGUUCCCACACAAGUCUGCCCGUCAAGUCGCUCUGGGCGACGCCAUGGCUCUGCUUUCGGCAGUGCUGUACGGUGUCUAUGCCGUACUCAUGAAGAAGCGUAUCGGAGACGAGCGCAGAAUCAGCAUGCCUGUUUUCUUUGGCCUUGUGGGCCUUUUCAACCUUUUGCUACUCUGGCCCGGCUUCUUGAUCUUGCAUUACACUGGUAUCGAGCCUUUUGAGUUACCUCCUUCCUCGAGAGUCACGACGAUUAUCCUCGUCAACUCAAUCAGUUCGUUGCUUUCAGAUAUCGCUUGGGCAUAUGCAGUGCUACUGACUUCUCCCAUCGUCGUCACUGUCGGUCUCUCAACCACCAUCCCGCUAUCUCUGAUCGGCCAACUCCUCAUCAACAAUCAGACCUCGCCAGCCAUCUACUGGCUAGGCGCAUGUGUCGUCGUAUUAUCUUUCGUAUUCGUCAAUCACGAAGAAGCACAAGAUGAAGCGGCCCAAGACCAGAGGAUUCUAGAUCAAGCAUCAUCGAGUAGAGAACCACUACAUCGGGAGGAAGCAUGA